CGAGAUAUUUGGAAGGCGGGGCACGAGAUUAUCUUAAUUAGGUUUAAAGAAAUCAGGUGCAUUUUAUCAGAAUGUGUUUGCGGAUUAAACAAGCGAAAAACAGCAUAAGAAAUUCAACUCUCAAGAAAUCUACAGCAUUUGAGAUCUACAAUCCAAGAGCGGAGGUCUUCUUUGCUUUUGCUGACACGGGAUGAAGAACUCCAUCACGGCCACCAUGUCCGCAACCUCCCGUAACGGGACAUACCUGUACACCCAGGAUUCAUGCAGCGGACGGCAGAAGAGAAAAUACAAGCGGUUUUUCAAGCCGGGCAGCACGUACCUGAGUAUGAUUGCUAAUGCUAUUCAAGAGUCACCGGAUAAGAGACUCACCUUCUGCCAGAUAAUGGACAAGCUACAGACGGUCAUAUCGGGGGACAGAAAGGGGCUUCAAAAUAAUAUCAGGGUCUGUCUGACGUCCAGCGAUUGCUUUGUUAAGGUUCCUGUGAAUCCAGAAAAUCCAAAUCCGCGGAAAAAUUUCUGGAGAAUUGAUGAAAGCCGGAUCACUCCACAAAAGCUGCGACGCCACUUCAAGGGCAUGGAGCAUAUCUUCCCAGAUCUGGCUUCUACACUGAGGCGAGACGCAGAGACCGGCGGAGAAAACCGUGUCACCGUCACGGUGACAGACAGCUCUGUGCGGGAGAGCUAUCAAGGCCCUCAACCCCCAGCUCCAGGGCGCCACACGCUGGCCGACCCUGCGCCGUGA